UAAAGGUGGAAUUUAAACUCACGAGGACACAUUAUCUAAUUAUUCCAGGAUCAAUUCUGGUUGGAGAAUAAAACGAAACCUUUGGUAGAACGUUUAUUUUCUUAACACCACUGAAAUGCAGCACCAGCCCGGUAAAGUGGACAGGACAACAUGGCUGCUGCUGCGUCCCGAUACUACGGCGAAGGCGGCAGAGCGACAAAAAGACAGAAAACUGAAGAAGGCGGAAUGACAACGGAAAAUUAUGAAGACCCUCACAAGCCGCUACCGUCUCCUGUGGUGCACAUCAGGGGACUAGUGGAUGGUGUGAUGGAGGCUGACUUGGUGGAGGCGCUACAGGAGUUUGGGACAAUUAGCUAUGUUGUGAUGAUGCCCAAGAAGCGGCAGGCGCUGGUGGAGUAUGAGGACAUGAACGGCUCCUGUAAUGCUGUGACUUACGCAGCUGAAAACCAGGUUUACAUCGCGGGCCACCCCGCCUUCAUCAACUACUCCACCAGUCAGAAAAUUUCUCGGCCGGGAGACUCGGACGACACCCGGAGCGUCAAUAACGUGCUUCUGCUCACAAUCUUGAAUCCCAUCUAUCCCAUCACCACGGAUGUCCUCUACACUAUUUGUAACAACUGUGGGCCUGUACAGAGGAUCGUGAUCUUCAGAAAGAAUGGUGUUCAGGCUAUGGUUGAGUUUGAUUCGGUCCAGAGUGCCCAGAGGGCCAAAGCCUCUUUGAAUGGAGCGGAUAUCUACUCUGGCUGUUGCACUCUGAAAAUCGAAUAUGCAAAGCCCGCACGCCUUAACGUCUUUAAGAACGACCAAGACACAUGGGAUUACACCAACCCCAAUUUAAGUGGCCAAGAUGCAGAUGGUGAAGGCAAUUGGAACAUAUCACAAGAUCCUAACGCCAACCCCAACAAGCGCCAGAGGCAGCCUGCUCUCCUAGGAGACCACCCACCUGAUUAUGGAGGUCCACAAGGAGGAUAUCAUAGCUAUAACGACGACACAUACGGCCCCCCUCCUCCCCAUCGCAUGGGGAUGGGGGGCCGGGGCCGUGGGAGCCAGCGCUACGGCGCAGGAUACGGGCCUCCUCCGCCCGAGUACGGCCCCCAUGCCGACUCCCCAGUUCUUAUGGUGUACGGCCUGGAGCCAUCCAAGAUCAAUGCUGACAGAGUUUUUAACAUCUUUUGUCUCUAUGGCAACAUCGAGAGGGUGAAGUUCAUGAAAAGUAAACCUGGAGCAGCGAUGGUAGAGAUGGGGGACUGUUACUCUGUGGACCGAGCCAUAAGUCACCUCAACAACACCUUCCUGUUUGGACAGAAGCUCAAUGUUUGCGUGUCCAAGCAGCAGGCCAUCGUACCAGGACAGAGCUACCAGUUAGAGGAUAACACCAGCAGCUUUAAAGACUUCCAUGGAUCUCGGAACAACCGCUUCGCCUCCCCAGAGCAAGCGGCUAAAAACCGAAUCCAGCACCCCAGCAACGUGCUGCACUUCUUCAACGCCCAGCCGGAGAUCACAGAGGAGACCUUCUUCCAAAUAUGCGAGGAACUGGGAAUUAAAAGUCCUACGAGUAUUAAGCUUUUUACUGGAAAGAGUGAGCGCAGUUCGUCUGGGCUGCUGGAGUGGGAAUCCAUCAACGAUGCCAUGGAAGCACUAGCUAUGGUGAACCAUUACCAGAUGAAAAAUCCCAGUGGGCCUUAUCCUUACACACUCAAGCUGUGUUUCUCAACCACACAUCCUUCCAACUAAUCCACUCCUUCAUUUCUAUUGGUUUUUUGCAAUAGAUGGCACACUUAUUUUGUCAUGUUCUGUUGGAGCACUGUUGACUAAAACUAGGAUUUAUGUGCUUUACAAAAUCUAUCUUAAAUUAUACCUUUUCCUGUUUGUAUUCAUUUUUACUUCAAGUGUUUGUUUUUUCAAUGAGUUGUUAAUUUUGUAUCUUCACAGUACUAAACUCGACCCCCACCUCCAUGUAUCUGGUUUAUAAAUAAAGUGAUGUUACCAUAA